AUGGAGGGACUAAGAAAACAACUGGUCGCACAAUCGAGCGCCCGUUUUAUGUCGGUAGGUGAUUUAGCCGUGGGUCGGCCGUAUCCCAUAACUAAGAUGACUAAUCAAGAGACGCAGUAUGGUAGGACAGUGAAGUGCACCAUCGACGACGGUGAGGAUGGGGUAAUAGAAGUUUUCCUUCCGAGAACAAUAGCCGUGAGCGAUGAACAGGAGGCACUUUACAAUGCAGAUGGAAACCAGACGCUAAGUCUGGUUUUCAACGGGCGACGGGGGAGGUCGUUUAACAUUACUUUCAAGUGA